UGAGUGGCAGCGGGUGUGUAGGCAGAGUUCUCUGGAUCCUCACACACACCAGUCAAGCUGGUGGAAAGUGAGGCUGUUGUACCACUCCACAGUUACUACACCACUCACACACACCAGUCAAGCUGGUGGAAAGUGACGCUGAUAUAUCAUCAUCAUGUUCCCAGGAAUGAAAAAGCUCCUGUUAUUGUUAUUGUUGGUCUUGCCUCUCAUCAUCACGACAAGCGGAGGGAAAAUGACAGCUUGGGCACAGGAGGAUGAGGUGGAAGGAGAGGAAGAUGAUCUUAGUGAUGACGAAGUCAAUGUCGAUGAUGGCACAGGUGCUGAAAUAGAUACGGCUGAAGGAGGAGAAGAGGAGGAAGAGGAGGAGGAGGAAGCAACAGCAAAAGGGUCACCUGAUGCAGACACUGUUAUCCUUUUUACUAAACCUGUUGGUUCAGGAACAGAACUGCCUGCUGGAAAACUUGUUGAGUUUCUUGUUGGUUUUACAAACAAUGGUGACAAAGAUUUUAUUUUGGAUGCUAUUGAUGCUUCCUUCCGUUAUCCUAUGGAUUUCAACUUCUACAUUCAGAAUUUCACUGCUAUCCCUUAUAACCGUGCUGUCAAGCCACGUCAGGAGGCCACCGUCAUGUAUUCAUUCUACCCUGCUGAGGCAUUUGCUGCUCGACCUUUGGGACUAACAGUCAACCUUGCCUAUCAUGAUGCUGAUGGCAAUGCAUUCUUGGAAGCAGUCUUCAAUCAGACAGUCAGCAUUGUUGAGCUUGAUGAGGGAAUGGAUGGAGAAACUUUCUUCCUGUAUGUAUUUAUGCUAGCAUUUAGUGUACUGCUUCUUGUGGCAGGGCAUCACUUUCUCUCCUCAUUCGGUCACAGGAAAGGAGGCAAGAAGGUUGUUGUGGAGAUGGGAACCACCAAGAGAGAUGAUGUGGAUUAUGACUGGCUUCCCAAGGAAGUUCUCAAUGAGAUCAAAAAGACACCACGUCAGUCACCAAGGCAACGGAAGGUCAACCGUGACGCUAGUUCUAAGUAAACCUUCUGAUGCUACUUUGGAGGAUGUCCAGUUAAAUACUUCAGAUAGCAGUUGCAGGCACAGCAAUUAUCAUAACAUAAAACAUGAACAGAAAAGACAGCAGCUGGGCUUGUCUGUGUUGGGAGAUGAUAGUGAAGAGGGCUUGUUGGUCCUUUUCAUUACUUGGCAUGAAAGCACAUGUCAGAUAGUAGUAGUGUACCUGCUCAUUUGCUCACAAAAACAUGCUUGUGUGUUCUCAAAUUUGCAUUGGUCCUUUGUACAUAUUAAUUACCUUAGACACAUUCCCACUAUACAUGAGUGCCCCCAAAGUUAUCUUGAGGUUUGGUGACUGUUGGAACUUAACAGUAUUUUUUUUUGUUUAUCCAAUUAGUCACAGUGACUGAAGAUAACUUUGGGGGCACUCAGGUUUCUUGCUUGCUUGUGGACUAGCACAUAUGGAGAAAGAGUAAGAUAGUUUUUAGUUUAUGAAUUGCUAUAGGAGUGUUGGCAAGUAGAUGUCCUAUGUAGAAUAUCAUGUAAGGUAAAUUAAGACCAGUAAAUUGUUUCCAUAGAAAUGUUUUGAAUAAAAUUCAUAACCAAACCAGCA